CUCACUUGUGUGUAUGUCGAGUCCAUAAACAAGCAUUUAACACGAUUCACGAUCCAGAGAGGAGCGGCUAUGGCAUGGGGAACCCUAGCCGCCGCCGCCUUCUUUUCUCUUCUUUUCUUCUCUUCUUUCAAUCUUCUUUGAUUCCAACAAUGGAAAAUUAUCGUCUUAAUCAGUUGUUGAGAUUUUAUUCAUCUGUUUCUUUCCCAAUAUUGUAUGGAGAUAUUAUUUUCAGUAGCGAAGUAUCGUCUGCCAGAUGCAUCUUCCUCGCCACUUUCAAUCGGGUGCUCUUGUGUGCUAAGAAGAGAUUUGCACUGAUCUCUUCAUCAAUCAGAAAUAUGUUUUUCUUCUACGCCGAUAUUGAGGCGGAUCGCCCCUGCUGAACCACCGCCGUUGCAGGAAGAUGAGAUCAUUUGGAUUGCUUUCUUUCCGGUGGCUGGUGAAACCGGAACAAAUUCUACAGUUGGCUCCUUACCGGUGGCUGGACAAACCGGGAUGUUUAAGAGUUCAUUUCAUAAUUAUUGUGAUCGUAGUAGGAGCAGUCAAUCUGCAGGGUUUGAGAUUUCUGCCGUCUCUCGUGCGGCUCGGAGGAUGGAGAGCGAAGGGAUCAAGAUCGGAGGCAGAGAGGAGGUUCUACGAACGGCUCCGCUGGGACUGGUGACGGUGUCAUCGUACGGCGUCUUUAUCUGAAAAGGUCAGAUCUCGAGCGACAAUGGAAGAUCAAGUAGAGAGAUCCCAAUGGUUUGACCUCCUCCUGAACCGCCGCCAGAGUUGUACAAGGUGUUAGAGUCCGCGACAAUCUUCCUUUUCGUUAUUAUUAUUUUGCUUUUUGGUUUCCUGUUAUCGUUUAUGUCGUUAGUUUUGUCAGUCUGUUUGGGAUUUCAGCCAUUUUGUAUGUCAUUGAGUAUGUUUGGAUCUAUGAGAAUAUGGAUGGUUGUAUCAAGUCUGUUACAUAAUUAGCGAUUCGUGCUGCUCUUUCAGGAGUGACCGUCUCUA